AUGAUUGCUAAUAUAUUUCUCAAAAUAUCGGAAAAAUAUAUGUUAACUGAUAAAACAAUAACUUUACUUAUGCAAUGCGUAGAUGAUCUUAAUGGUUUAGAAAAAAAAAUUUUUGGUGAAUCGAAUUGGAGAACGGAUAUUGAAAAAGAAUUCAAAUCUCUUAUGAGUAGUAGUUCUAAAAAAAGAGAAUUUCUACAAGUUAACAAUAUUAGACAUGAUAUCGAUGAAGAAGAAAGUAUAAGAAUUAUCUUAUCUGAACUGAAAACAUUAAGACUUGUAGCUAUUUCAACAAUUCGUAACUGUGCAAAUCGAAACAGUGAAAUUUUAACCAAAAGACGAUUGAAACACAUGGGAAAGUAUACAGAAGACGAUGAUAAAGAAUUCAAAAGGUGUAUACUUGAAAUACUAAAAAGUGUAAAGAAUGAUCCAAAUGUAGAUUAUAAAAAAGUAUUUAAUGGAUAUUUAAAACAACUUGAACAAGGUGACGAUAUUGAAUCGUCAAUAGAUCAUAUUUACGAUCAGAGUAAAGAUGAGAAAAGAUGCAAAGAAUUAUUCAACGUAAAUUCUAUAACUGUAAUUAGUAAUUUAUUUCGACAAGAUAUCUCAGAUGAAAAGAUAAUGAUAAAUGCGUGUGCAACUAUUAAUAACUAUCUUCAAUUUAGUUCUACUACUGGUUUGAAUGAAACUCAACUCAGAAAUUAUUGUAAUUUAAUAAAUAAUUCAAAAUAUAGUGGAGAUUUGAAAACUGAAGCAUUAAAAUCAAUAGUUUUGACUGUUGAGAAAAAUAAUGUUGUACCUGAAUUUAUAAUUGAAACUUUGUUCGAAAAUAUUAACAAAAAUGACGAUAAAUUUUAUAAUUUUGUUAUUAUGUUCAUAGGAAUUAUUUCGAAGCGACAAAAGAUUGAAAAUAUUAAUAAUUUAUCAACAAAAUUAUUAGAAGAUUGGAUAAUCAUUAGAGAUGGAGCUGAGAUUGAUUUUGAGAAAUGUUCACAGGACAAUUCUGAUUGUCAAUCAAUAUCAUCAAUAGUCGCUCAAAUCUUUGUUAACUCUUUGCAAAAAAAUAUUAAAAUAAGCGAUGAAAGUAUUGAAAAUCUUACUAAAGCACUUAAAAGUAAAGACAAACAAACUUGUAUUUUAUCGGCGAAAUCAUUAUAUUUGGCUUCAGAUACUCAUAAUAUAAAAAACGAGGUGUUAGUUACACUAAAAGAAUACAUAGAUAAUAAGAUAAAUGAUGUAUCUGUGUAUUCAACUGUAGCUUAUGCUCGAGGUUUAGCUAAAUUGUCAUCUGCCAAUGAGGCUAUCAUGACAAGUCAUAUCGGAUUUUUGCCUAAUAUUUAUGUAUUCGAAGAUUUACAAUUAGACAAAGAAAGUUUUACCGACGUAGUUAAUGAAAGUAUUUUAUUUAUAUUAUCGCGAGAAGCACCAAAUCAUGAAUUUGAAGAAGAAAUAUUCCAAAUUUUUGAUCAUAUUUUAUCGUUUGAAAGUGACUAUCAAAAAGAAAUAAUCGAAAUACUUCUUAAAUAUUCAGCGAAUCGAUAUUCUAUUCCUGAUAGUACAGUACUCGCAUUAGAGAAUAUUAUUAACACACCUGAAUUAUUCGUGAAGAUUUUAGAAGUAUUUAAAAAUGUAGUUCGCAAGAAGCAAAUCAUCGGUGAAAAAAUUUUGCGCAUUGUAGCUGAUAAUCUUUAUUUAUCAUCUGAUAAUGAUAUACUAAAUAAAUCAUUUUAUAUUUUAAAUAUGGCUAAUGAUAAUCAAGAUAUACCAGAUGAUAUAUUUGAUAUUUUAGAAUUAGAAAUGGCAAGUCUCACUGUUAGGUUGGGUUUAUCUGAUAUUAAUGACGCUGUUACUUAUUUAUGUGAAAAGACGAAGGAAGGAAAGAAAGUUACGAUAAAUGGUUUUCGAGCAUUAAGUAAAGCGAUUAUUCAUAAUCAAUUAACACUCAGUGAGAAUGUUUUGAAAAUAUUAUUAAAUAUUUCAAAUAAUAGACAAAUGAUACCGAAUGAUUUAAUUGAUAAAAUUGUGGAAAAAUUUGAUCCAAAACUUGUACAACCUCAUUUAAUUGAAAUAUUCGAAAAUUUAGUUAAAAACAAUCAGGACAUAUCAGAAAAACUUUUAACUAAAUUAACCAUAGCUUUAGAUAAUCGAAUUAUUUUUGAUAAAGUAAUAUUUAUUUUUCUACUUCGAGGACAACAAGGUGAAAUUCUAUCCGAAAAGAUUAUUCGAAAAAUUCUCGUUAAAUUUUUCACUAUAGAAAAUCCAUUGAUAAUGCAACAAUAUUUACCUGUUAUUUGUUCUGUAAUCGAAAAAAAAGACUAUUUCAAAAAUCAUAUACAAAAUCUUUCUCAUAAAACAAAUGAUAAAUCAUUCAAUACAAAUAUAAUAGAAGCGAUUAAAAAGGCGUUAACUUAUGCUCUUAAAACAGAUAAUCAAGAUAUUAUUCGUAAAAGUAUCAGUGGAUUUAAAACACUUAGAUCACUUCAUCAAGUAGAAUUUGAAAAAGAAAGUAUAGAGAUUCUUUUGCAAAUAGCAGCCAAUAUCAAUUGUGAUGAAAGUACAAAAGAAGAAAUAAGUGAGUUAUUGAGUAGUUCUAAAUUAGAAGGUAACCAGAAAAUCGCAUAUGAACUAAUUUAUCUUACAUCUGAUUCAGAUUCUGAUUUCUUAGAUAAGUUAAUUGACAUUGAAAAACCUAAAUUAUUCAAACAAAAUUUUGAUAAAAUUAAUUCUAUCAUUGACAAAAAUUCAGAAUUAAAACUUCAAGCUCUCAAAAUUUUGUUAAAUUGUUUGAAUAAAGAAAAUAUUCCAGAUAAAUUACUACAUAGUAUUGCUGCUUUAUUAGAAAGUAAUAAGUCAGAAAGGAUUCAAUCAUUAUGUUGUAAACUAAUCGGUGAAAUAGUUAAAGUAGGAAGAAUCGUUACAAAUAAAAUUAUAUUACUUGUUCUUGAUCUAAAAGAAAAGGAAAAGUCAGCAGAUAUUAUCAAAUUAAUAGCAGAAAAUCAAACGAUUCCAGAGGACUUACAAGAUAUAAUAAGACUAUCUUUGGGUAUUCAUCUAAAGAAAACUACCGAUUCAGAACUCCUUUGUCUCUGUGAACUUUUGAAAUAUAUGCGAAAAGAAUUCGGCAAAGAACAAAAAUUUUCUGAUCGAUCUAUUUCUACAUUACUUGAGUCAAACAUUUCAAAGAAUAUUAUUAAAAAUAAUUUAGAUUUAACAAAUGAAUUAAUCAAUAUUUAUGCACUAAUUCUAAUGCAAGAUCCUGAUAAAUCUUCAAAUGAAAUCAUCGUUGAUAGUUUAGAAAAUACCAUUCUCUCUAAAAGAGUAACAAAGAAUAUUUUAAAUGCAUAUAAAGAAAUUAUUAAACAAAAAAAAUUCCAAACAAAUCGUUUUUCUAAUGUAUUCGGUGUUUUUAUAGACAUCUUAAAUCAUAAUGAGCAUUAUAAGAAUCUACAUAUUGAUAUUCUUGUAUGUAUUGCUCUAGCAUCUGAAUCAACAAAAAUUUCGGAAUUCAAAUAUCUAGAAAGUAAUCUUUCUAAUGAUAAUGAAUUAAUUCGUAGUUGGUCAUUUAGAGGUUUAAGAGCAGCUUAUGAGAAAGGUUCGAAUUCUUUAAUAUUUAAACAAUGGUGUAAUCAUAUUGUUGCUAAACUAGAAGAGAAGACUAAAAUUAAUAUAGAUAUAGAUUCGAGUUUGGAUUUAUUUGAAAUUAUAGCUUCAUUAGAGUCCAAUGAUUUUAGUAAAAUUCAAGAUAAGCCACAAUACCAAUGGAAUCGAGAACUUUUUAUGUUCUAA